AUUUCUUUUCAAUUUUAGGGUUAUUUUGUUAUUCUUAAAUUUGUGAAAAUCAAAAUUUUGAAAAACUGGGUUUCCUGUUUAAAGGUGAUUUCGAGCUAUUUUUUUGCUAAUUUCUUUCGCAAAUUGGGAAAAUUCAGCUCAAAUUUGAAUAUUUAAUGGUAAUUUUCAAAAAAAUUCAAGGUAAUUCAAGACACCCGGCAAGAAAAUGUCGGGGGCUGAAGCCACAACUCUGAUGACCAGUCGGGAGCCAUUCAUGAUAGCACCCACUUCUUCCGCCGUCCAUAAUUCACCGGCACCAGCACAGACCCCGGCGGCUUCGCAGGCGCAGUUGGAUCAGUCUAUGCGGAUGGUGUACACCACAGAUGGAAGUGCUACGGUGUACAGGCCCGUAGGAUCAUCCCCGCAGCCGUACAAUCCUGUCCCUGCGGGCGUGGCCACAGUAAAAAAUGUCACGAAUUUGAACUCUGGUGAGCAGAAGCGGAAGAGAGGGCGGCCGAGGAAGUACGGCCCCGAUGGCAGCAUGGCAGUGGCUAUGACGUCAGGCCAGCGGCCUGUCGGCAUCUCUCCACCUCCGCCGAUCAGUGGGACUUUCUCACAGUCUAUGGCAACUCCACCAUCCGUCACAACUCCUCCGCAGCCGCAGCCACAUCUGGGCGGAUCGGCCUCGCCAACUGCCAAGAAGGGCAGAGGACGACCUCGUGGUUCCAGCAACAAGCAACAAAAGGAAACUAUGGGUAAAGUCCCUUUCUUUCUUCGAAGUUAUAUAUGUACAUAUAAAUGUGAUAGAUGGGGUUUAAAUUAAAUUAAUUGAUGAAUA